UCUGAUGUUUAUAGUAAUGAGGGUAAUGAGGCCUUCAAGAAAGGAGAUUUCAUCGAUGCUGUUUCUUUUUACACUGAAGGAAUUAAAAUGAACUGCAAUGAGAAAGAACUGAAGGCCAAACUGUACAACAACAGGGCUAUUGCAUAUUCUAAACUUGGUAAGAUGAUGAGAGCUUUAAUAUGCAUUUUUUUUCUCUUUUGAAGCUAAGGGCUGUAAGUAGUAGUUUUGUGAAAAAGGUGAUAAUUUUGAAUGUAGGCCUUAUCUUGGCCUCCCAAACAUGCAAAAAGUAACCUCUUACCCCAAAUUUCAAUAAGCAUCACAACUUUUCCCUUAAAAUCAAUGUAAAGGUAGUGGGUUUGAUGUAAAGCUAUUUAGAGAUAUUUAUUUUAAUUACAGGGAAUCACCAGGAUUCACUAAGGGAUGCAGAAGCAGCCAUUGAGUUAAAUCCAACUUUCCUCAAGGCAAUUGUGAGAGGUUAG